AUGAUAUUGGCUAUUUUUUACAGUGGCGUUUGGCUGUGCAAUACGAUCUACGAAAUGAUAUUAGGAGUUGAGUACUAUAUUUUUAUUAUAGAGUCAGCUAUUUUAUCAUGGUAUCGAGUUGGGGAUCGUUCUUACUUUCCUAAUAUUCCAAUAACUACAAAAAUCUAAACAAUAUAUAAGUUUCCUUAUACCAAUUCUACUAUUAUCUCUGAACAUAUUAGGUAAUUAACAAAUUAACAAUAGUCAUUUUGUAAUAGAUGAAUACUGAGAAAGUGUUUUUAUUUUUGCUUCCACCCUUCCUCUAUGAUAAUUUAAAUAAGGAUUUAACAAAGAAACAAUAUUUUAACAUUUUCAAAUAUCUGCAUCUCAUCAUUAUGGGCAUUUGGAAAGUAAUAGACAAUCUAAAUCAUGGGUAACCGAUAAUAAUUACUAUUAUAUUAUUAUUGUUUACUUACUAUCACUAAAAAAUAUUUGAUCAAUAAAUAUAAAGAAAUGACAGAGGUCUUGAUGAUACUAUGAAUAUCAAAACAAGUUCAGAUACAGAUAGAAUCUAGGAGUUAUAAAAUAAUCUAGUUAGUAUAAUAAAAUUAGAUAGUAAAUUAAAUCUAAUUAUGCGAAAUACAAGAGCAUAAGAGUUAUUAAGAAAUAUUAAUAUUUAGGAACUUUUGAAUAGUCCAUUAUUAUCUGUCGAUAAAUAGACAAAAUAAUUAAUGUAGGAAUAAUUUAGUUGCAAAUUUCCUUCAAUAUAUGAUCUGAAAGAAGCUUAGUUACAUUACACCUUAUAUGAAUUAUUGGAAUAGCUAAUAUAAUUACAGAAAUUCCCUUAUGAAUUUGAAGUCUUUAGCAUUCGAGGAUACCAUGACCUACAUUUGAAAGUGUUUUACUUUGAACCUAAGUCUUUUACUAUUCUAUUAUAAAAUAUGGAGGAAUAUAAUUUGUAAAUUAAAAAAGUAUUUACACAAACUACUAUGCAACAAUUAUUUAAGAGUUUUAGUCAUGAAUACAAUACAUCUUUAAAUUAUAUCUUAGCAUUGGCAUAGGUAGCUGAAUGCCAUGAAGAAGUUCCAUAGAGUAUCUAGGAGUAAUUUUUUAAACCAAUAUUGGUUAAUGGGAAAGUGAUGCAUAGUAUGGUUUUAGAUAUGAUGGAUUAUAAUAGUAUAUUAGGAAAGACAUUCAGUUUAUAGGUAGGAGUAUUCAAAAUUUAAGAAUUGAUACUAGAAGUCAUUUCACUUUUUAAAGAUUAAAUAUCAAAAAAGAAUUUAGAAAUCAAAAUUGAUUUUAAUUCUAAAAUAACAUAAAUGAUAUCUGAUCGGAAUAGAAUUAAAUAAAUUUUGAUUAAUUUAGUAUCAAAUGCUCAAAAAUUUACACUUCAAGGUUUAAUUUCCUUAAAAGUUGAAACAUGUAUGUCUAAUAAUAAAUAAAAAUAUGUUGUUUUUCAUGUUUAAGAUACUGGAAUAGGGAUGACAAAGUCAGAAUAAGAUAGAUUAACAUUAUUAUUAUAAUCAGGAGUGCCAUCAAUAUAAAAGAUAUCUAAAAAUACAGCAGGUUUUGGAUUAGGUCUUUUUAUAAGUAAUAAGAUUGCAGAAGCAUUAUCAUAAUAAAGAUUUGAAAAAGGAGGUGGACUAAGAUUUGAAACAUAAACAGGAAAAGGAUUUCAUUGUUGGUUUUCAGUGUACCCUCAAACUGUUAGUCCUGAUGUUAAACUUAGCAAUCCUAAAAGUCCAUUAAUAAUAUUAAAUAAGAAGAUAGUUAUUGAUACAAGAUAGACAGAGGUAAAUGCUGGAAUAGAGAAAUUUAAAAGAGAUAAUAAGAGAAAUAAAUUAUCACGUUUAUUGGAUGAUAAUGAUUAAAUAAAUGAUAGAAAUUAAAUAAGAUAGCGAAGACCUCAUAGUUAAAUCCGUUUUGUAUAGGAACUUAGUGAUGCAGUUUCAACUGAUACAGUUAAUAAUGAAUGUUCAGUUGAAGAUUAUUAGGCUAGAAUUAAAUACAUAAAAUCAUGGUAAUAAUAAUAACAAUAAUCAUUUCUAUUGAGAAGUAAUUAAUCAAUAAUAGAAUGUCGUUGUCCUUUUAUAUUAAUAGUGGAUGAUGAAUAGAUUAAUAUAUUAGCAUUAUCAAUCUUGUUAGAAUAACUAGGUUUAAAUUCUGAUGAAGUAUUUAAUGGAAAGGAAUGUGUAGAUUUGAUAUAUUCAAAAUAAAAGAAAAGUAUAUUUUUAUAAAUAUAUUAAAUAGCAUAAUGUGGGAGAUGUAGUGAUAGAUAAUAUUAAUUAAUAUUUAUGGAUAUAAAUAUGCCUUUACUUGAUGGAUGGGAAGCAUCUAAACAAAUUAAAAAACGGUUUUCUAUACCCAUCAUUGCUUGUACUGCUUUUACUGAUAAUGAAACUAAAGAAUAAUGUUAUCAAAAUGGAUUAGAUUAUUAUUUAUCUAAACCAGUUAAAAAAGAAUCAUUAAUUCAAGUGUUAUAAUAUUAUCGUAUACUUUGA